AUGGAGGCAUUGUUUAGGAUCUCUGAGGGAUACUUCUUUGGCCCUCACCAUCUCAUCAUGGCUGCUCUUCUGUACUUUGAAGAGAAGGUGCAUCGAAAGAAGCUGCUUCGAGCGGAUUGCAUUCCACUCCUCUUUCCCAGACUAUUAUGCCAGAUAUUAGAGCACCUGGGAUAUCCAGUAGAGCCUCAGCAUGAGCGGAGCACCAAUCUAGAGCAACCAGAGGAUCCAGUUGACAUACCUGCUGACACUCAACCACCUGCCCCUGUAGUGGCCCCUACAGAGCAUAUACUAGAGGUUCCACCCUCUGCUCCUCAGGCCACACCACAGCCUCCCCCUGUUAUUCCACCCACAUCAGAGCCAUCUCCUUCAGUUGAGCCAAGGAUAGCUAUACCCAUUAUCGAGUAUAGAGGCCUAUGCCACACUUUCCAGGAAUUGGCCACUUCUCAGAGCAUCCUCACUCAGCAGAUGACAGCCCUUCCUCUUGAGCAUGCCAUUCCCAGCCCACCAGAGCCAUCACAGGCCCCUCCUUUCGUUGAUCAGCCUAUGCCUCCUGAGGAGCCUACUACAGGAGAGGUAGAGGCAGUUGAGCCAUCAUCUCCACAGCAUCCUCCACCCACCAUCUGA